AGACAUAAGAAGAAGUUAGUUGGCUUUGUGCUGGGUUCAGUGCCUUUUUCAGCAAAUAUCAAGAAUUCAGUCAGAAACCAGGAAAUAAGAGGAAAAUAUCCAGAUUUUAUUGAAUAUGGUGCAUUCAGACUGAGACAUAACGGGGCUAUUCCUGAUGUUUUCUUUGGAGGAAGUUAAAGCUCCUUACACACCAAAUGGAAGCAGAAAUCCUGGUUCUCUGAAGUGAAGCUGCAAGUCUCCUUGACUUCAUGUGUUGUGGGUGGCCACUUGAGAUUUUCUUUUUUGGAUGUUUCGUGUGCUUUGCCACACUCUAAUAGUUUGUGCAAGGGCAGGAAUUCUUCAACAAAACAGGCAGCACUGAUUCAUCAUGGAAAUUUAUCUGCUAGGACAAAACAUCUUUUUGGAUAGCACGUCAGAUCAGGGUGGAAUUUGAGAGCUGCUUUGCCCAGUCUCCGACAAUUAGGCAUCUGCGUGGCUUAGAUGAGAUCCAGACCCAAGUUCCUGCCAUCCAGCCUCUCUAAGCAAAGCUGCUGAGUUUGCUUCCCUUCAAUCUCCCCUUGGUGCUGUUUGACUUUGUGUAAAUAAGAAUUCACUGCCUACAGUGCAGAGGGCAUCUGUCUGCUCUGAAUCAGAGCUGAAUUCUAGUGCCUGCUCCCUGCCCACUGGCCACAAAGCCGCCGGCUGUUCUGCUUUCCCUCUUGUGCUUUCGAAGAAUGCUGAUAGGACUCUGCUUCAUAUCCCAGCAAGAAGGACAACAGACUUUGCAAUGCUGACAUUUUAUCACUCUAAGGAAGCCUUGUUUUCUUACCAGUGUGGCCGAGAGGUUUGCUCAAAAAGAGGCAUUGGUAAGUGCCAUUGCUUCUCUGCCAGCUCUGCUUCAGCCUUGUGCUGCUCUCAAUUCUCUUUUUUGGGAUAUAAAUGCCUGGGUGUUACUAGAUCCCAGCUGAACUGCACAACCCCUACUGCGCACCCCUUGUUCCCCUGUUACCUUUCCAAAAGAGCUAGAAGUGUUCAGCCAAGCACUAAUUGAGCCUGAGCUAUGGCAGCGAGCGUUAUGUGCUGGUGAACAAGGAUCAACGAGCUGUGGCCUUGCUGAAUGUGAGCCCCAGCCCUUGUUUCAUCCCUCACCCUCUUAAGAGCUAUGGACUGUGGCACCUUAAUUCAUUUUUUUUUCCUCCCCUCAGACAGAUGCUUUCAAGAUUUUGGAACAUGUUUCAUUAAUUUAAAUGGCAUGUACUCUUCUUUCCUUCCAAUGGGAUGUGAUGGUCACAGCGGCUUGUCUUUGGGCUUCACAUCUUGAAGACCUGGUAGCAAUCUUUUGUUAUCUAAAGGGAGGUGUAAGAAAGAAAGGGGACAGACUCUUAAGCAGCCUGUUGUGAGGGGAAACAAGAGGAAACGGAUGUAAGGAAGAAACUUUUUACAGUAAGGGUGGUGAAGCACUGACACAGGUUGCCCAGAGAGGUGAUGGAUGUCCCAUCCCUGGAGACACCCAAGUUCAGGCUGGAUCAGGCUCUGAGCACCUGAUCAAGAUGUAGGUGUCCCUGGUCAUUGCAGGGAGCUGAAUUAGAUGACCUUUAAGGGUCCCUUCCAACACAAUUCUAUGAUUCUAUGAAGAAAUGGAUUCUCAUUGGGAUUGAAGUGGAAACGGCCCACGCUGGCCAUCCUACAGGAUGGCAUUCUGCAGCGUCUCAGAGCUCCGUCUGGAUGAGCUUUCAAUUACCUACAUGAUGGGAUUCCUCUUCCAUCCCUUGGCAAGUUGUUCUGUGCUCUAAAAUAAGCUUCACAAGCACAGCCGUUCCACACAGCGUGAAGCCUUCCUGUUGUGAGGAUCCAUUAUGUGUGCAGCAUAAUAAAGUGCGAUGGAUGUGGGGAGCAGCAGCAGCAGCCUUUCUUUCUGAUGGCCAGCUUCUGCAGAGAAACAGAAGUGCCCUGAACUCUGUCUUUGGGACCCAAGGGACUUAACAUCUUAGUUAUGAUACAGGCCUGCUUAACAUUCAGCAGCCUGCACAGGCUGCAGGCAUUCAUCCUGGCGAAGUGGCAAAGUAGCUUAAGAAGUUCUUAGGAUAUCUCAUUCAGGCCUUCAGGGUGGAAGGGAAAUCCUGUUAAUAUGCCCCUUUGGUGUUUUUUUUUGUUUGUUUUUUUUUUAGUGUUUUUCUUUCUCUUUUACUUCCCCUGUCAGCUCUGCAAAGGCAUCUUUGAACUUACAUGUGCAGCCAGAUUUAUUUUCUCAGCAUGAUCCGGACACAUUUUGGCUGCACAUUGCAGUAUGCCUCAGUGGUUAGAAAUCAGCAGCAGACAGAAUGUAGCACUGGGAAGCCGUGUUGGCUUGAUGUCUUUUGCACUAGAUGUUUUCUUUCUUCUUUUGUGACUGAAGAAAUAGCCCUUUCUAUUAAGAAAAGAGAUGCUUCACCAUUAUGGAGAAAUCAGACAGCAAGCCUGGAUAUGAGCGAGCACAGGGGCUAGGUGCCUUUCAUCUAUUUCCUCUCUCCCUAUUUAUAGAACAUGGGUGAAGCGAUUGGGAUCUGUGUCCUUGUUUUGUAGUGUCUCUGCCUGGCUAGUAAUACAGAGUUUGCACAGCUGAACCAAAGUCAGGUUUUGAUUCCGAUAGGAGCUUGCAACACUGUUGAGAAAGGAGUGGGCUUGGUGCUCCCUGAAGUCUGAAAGCACUUUUAAUUGCAUGCUGUCUUUGCUAUAGCAACUAAAAAUAUGUUUAUUGACAGUGUUGCUUUUGUUAUAUUCUUGGAGAGCAUUCCCUGAUGGCCCCAUCCAGUGUUAACUCUUGGGACACAUGCUACUAGCGAGGCUUGCUGCGUGAUUGCUGUCUCUGAGGGAAUAAUGUUUGUACAGUCAUUAAUGAGGGACAAUUACAGGUAAGACGUGAGCUGACUACAUGGGGUUUGAACCCUUUGGGUGGGUGCUUAGGAGAUGAGCUAACUGCUAUUGGGACUGAAACUUUACAAUGCCUUUUUUAGUUUUAAAAAGAAGGUGCUGGCUUUGAAGUCAGCUUGACAUUGUUGCUUUCAGCAUGGAUCUUCUGGUCUCCUGCACCUUGAAAUCAGAGCAGAAAGGGGCUGGCUUCCUCUUUAUCUUUCUCUCCUAAAUAAAAACACACUGCUACUUUCUGAGCCAGCAAAGUUCAGGUUUUUUUUUUUUUUCUUUUCUCAAAAUAGCAAAUGAUCCGGCAGGGAUUUUGUUUGGACCAUGCUAUGGGAAUUCCAUGAUCUGGGGCUCGAGGUGAUUUUGUUCUGUGUCUGCUUUAGGACAGUGUUUUACUUCUGCUGGAUUUUGGUUUGCAGGGACAUGAUUCAUGAGUGAAUUUGGCCCCUUUCCCAGUGCAAACUCAGCAUAUUAUAAAUAAAUAAAUAACCUGCAAGUAUCGAGAAGCCUGGCCAUAAAUAUUUCAGCAGAAAGCAAUAUCCACCCCCACCUACUUUCAUCUGGCUCUGCCACAGGUGCUUGGUUCAGCGAUUGCAAGUCAUAAUGCUGUGUUUCCAUCAUGAUCCAUUUCAAAGGUCUGCAGUAGACGUGGGCCCAUGUAUGUGCCACCUCUCAGUGCGUGUUUGGGAAGACAUGGUGUUCCAGCAUGGCUUUCCAGUAUCCCUAGAUGCACUGUCAGCACUGACUGUCAGAUUCAUCACCAGAAGGUUCAUUGGAGACUAUGACCCAACACUAGAAAUGAUUUACAGACAUGUGGCUGUCAUUGACGGGGAGAUGGUGCACUUUGAGAUCCUUGAUACAGCAGGACAGGAGGAAGAUUCCCUGCAGAUAGAGGAGAAGAUCAAGUGGGGCGAUGGCUUUGCAGUGGUCUACUCGGUGACAGACAGGUGCAGCUUUGACGAGGUGAUGCGGUUGUGUUUCCUCAUCAACCACAUCCACUCCAGCCCUAAGCGGAGCGGCGGGAGCGAGCAGCCGCCUGUGGUCAUCGUGGCCAACAAGAAGGACUUGCAGUUUGACAGAAUGGUGUCCACGCAAGAGGGUGAAAAUCUUUCCAAAGCUUUGAAGCUUCCUUUCUAUGAGAUUUCUACUCGGGACAGCUAUGAGGAGACUGUGGCAGUGUUCAAUACCCUCUACCAAGAGCUCAUGAGGCAGGGGCAUUUUUCCCCAGGCUCCUUCAAGAGGAGGACAGUGUCGAAAGUGAUGGAGAAGAUCCCCAAGAUGCAAGCCAGCUCCACCUUGAACUCAGCAGGCCGGAGUCUCAGCUUUAACUCUUUUAGGGACUACAUCCCUGAGUGAGCAUCCCUGGUGCAGAGGAACAGGACUGAAGGAUGGGUCCUCCCGCUGCUGAGGCACCUGUUGUGUAGUGAGGAGCUGCUUUACUUGGGGUUGAAGAGCAGUAUGUAGAGCAGGAGGGGAAUGUUAAGAGGUUGCAUUAGUGUUCAGCAACCUCUGAAAGCCUGGUCACUACAAACAGGCUUUGGGUCUGCAGGAAGGAUGCUCUUCCUCUGUCCCACCCAUCCUCCUCCUGCUUGAUGUCAGUAACAAAGGUUGUUCCUAUUGACUUCAGAUGUGUUGUGUCAAUGCUUGCAGGUCCCAAUUGGCUGCACUGGGGAUCAGAUCCAGCACCCACACCUCCCUAUGGGAUUUCUGCUUCCCACAGAGAGCUCGCUGGGUCUGUCCCUGUUCCUUCUUCAUGUUCCUGGGCUGGCAGGGAGGGCAUGUUUUAAAGCAGAGAUCUGUUUACAGUAAGAAUAAAAAGUCUGCUAAUCCCUGGCUUUUCUUAAAAGCUAUUUUUUUUAACAUCUGAAGCUCCUUGGCAUUCUCUCCUGUAACAUCACUGUAAAUAAAAGCCUGGGCAAGGGGCUGUUUGCUGAGGCUGCCCUUUGUUUGUCAUCUCCAGAGCUGCCAGCCUUUAAGGGGAAGCAAAUUGGAUGGCAUCACUGCUGUGCCCUGCAACAUUAGGCUUAGGUCACAUUGCUCCAUCCUGGGGUAAUGUCCUUCCUGAUGCAUGCCCUUGCGCUAGAACUCAGCUCAGUGUGUGUCCUGGACACUCCCAGAGUGCAAGCAGUGGGUGUGGAUACAGAGGAGUGCAAAUGAUUCUUAGUCCCUUAUCUGCAUUUUAACUGCUCCAUCCCUUUAGCUGGAUAAGUUGGCGGGGUUUUUAUUUUGCUCAGUUUGGCUUUGUUAUGGGGCAGCAAAGGAGCCAGGCUUGCAUCUUUUUGCUGCUGCAUCAUCAGUGCCGUCGAGUGUCCACUUGCUAAGCUGCUUCUGUGCAAUUUCUCUCAGAUGCAGAGCUCUGCUUUGCCACCCCAGGGGAGUUUUUUGGAAGACAUGUGGCGUGCCACUGGUGUGUCUUCUGAGAAGCAACUGUGCUCCACUGUGCCCUGUGCCAAUAAAAGCUGAGUUAGCACCUGUGUGUGAUGCUCUCUUGCCUGGAUGUUCCCACAGGAGUGGGGAAGAGAUCGUUGUACCAUGCUAAAACAGGUAUAUCACUUUUAGGGAGAGCACGGGUGGGGAAUAAUCCUUUGAAUUGGGGGUUGGUGUCUCCUGUUGCUUUUACUCCACCUUUUUGUGUGCUCCCCCUUUGGUGGUGCAAAAAGGAAGAAGCUGGCAGAGAUGAACACCCAGGAUUCACAGCCUGAGGAUAUAACUCAUGCUCCAUCCCUUUCCUGCCCACAUGGCACCCCUGACCCCUCAUAGCCCCGAAGAUGGGCUGUGGUUGCUGGUGCCUAACCAAGUGCUUCCUCAUCUGUGGUUUAACUCAGCUCUGCCUUCCUCCGUGCUUCCGUUGCAUAUCCAUCCUAUGGGGUGAAAAGGAACCCCAUUGAGGGUCUGAAACAAGAACAGUUUGGGAUAGCUCCUUCUCAACAUCUGAAUUAUCUCCAAAGCAGCAGCAGUGGGAAACACCUCUGGGAACUGUUUGUGGCCAGACACCUGCCUACCUUGAGAACAAAAUUUGGGUCUUAAAGCCUUGGGGGAAGCUGGCUAUGGGGAAUCAAGAACUGGGAUUUUUUCUCAAUCACUGACCCCAAGCAAUGGAGUCUGCAUCCAAACCCAGCCGGGAUGCUGAACACAUGCUUGAGUCUUGCCCUGAGCUUGUGUGCAAAGCCAGGAACAGCAUAAAUCCACAUUUUUCAGUAUGAAUUACUCAAAAUAAGGAACAGGAGAGGGGCAGCUUGUGGAAAGCAGGGACCAGCAUGCAUGUGCUUCCCCUGGGAGCAGAGCACAACAGGGAUCGCUGUCCCGAGCUGACCCCAGUGCAUCACUACGUUGCCAGGAAUCCAGGCAGAGUGUUUGGCCAAAGCCUCAGUGCACUUAGUGCUUGCAAGUCAGUCUCUUCGUGAAGGCCAAGAGGCUGUUUGGCCUGCUAUAAUUAGCAAGAAACCUCAUUUAUUCAACUGCCAGUGGGGGUGCCAGAGGCCAGUGGGGGCUUGUUACGGCUAAUUGCUGAAAGUCUUGAGGGGCUCCUCAUAAGGACCCAAUGAGCUCCUGCUGAAGAUUCUGGUCGGUCUUGGAGGAGUUCCCCCACUUUGGUGCAGUGCUGGGAGGGUGGCCUCUCCAUGGGGUGGUCCUCUCCAUGGGGACCUGAGGGUUGAAGGUGUUCUUGGGAAGAUAGGGCAACCCCAUAGAUCCUAAAUCCAUUUGCAGAGGCUUGGGUACUGGGAAGAAGAAGAAGGUCUCAUGCUUUGCUUGGAGCGUGUUUUGCACACUCUGGAGGCUCAGGGAAGAAGACUUCAAGCCAUAUUAGUGGCAGACUUUAGGGCUGUUUAAUAGCACAAGGGAGAAAACAGGGAUGAAUGGAGCUGGGGUGUCCCAUGCAGAUGCUCUGGGCAAAUUAUCCCAUGCUUUCCUGUUCUGCUGGAAAAUGUCAGCUUUCUGGGGACAAGUGCACCUGGGGCCUGUCAGUCCUUCCAGCCUGAUGUCAGGGCUGGGAUGGGAACCUGAUGGCUGGGCCCCACAGCCAGAAGCUGAAGAGUUUGGGUCUAAUCACCCAGAAGGCAUUUCCAGGGCAGCGAUUCAACUUUGUGAGCGCGUAAGCUGCAAAUCUGCUUACCAGAUUUCUGGGAAGCUUGGAAGAGGAGAAUUAAAUGAAAGUACUCUUUGUAAAUGCUCCUUUCCCUCCCAUUCACCAAAAGCAUCGCCCAAGCUGUCCUGCAGUGCUCCCUUUGUGCUUUCUGAAAUGCCUCCUGAAAAAGCAAGAUGCAACGAUUGGUACAUCUUAUUUAAUUACCCUACAUUGUGCUUGGGUUGAGCGAGGUGUGUUCUGCAUCCCUACUCUGGAUCCUUAUGGUACCUGCUCCUCUUAUUGUGCUCCUCGUGUGAGGAGCUGUGGUCAGAAAGAUGAAGCUGUGCUUACGUGGGUAUGGAAAGGCUGUUUUCUACAGGGGGUCCCAUGGUGGAGAAGCUGCUUUCUUUCCUU